ACCUUCGCUAUAUAUACUCAGGCCUCGGAGGCUGAGCUUCGCCUGGGUGCCUCCUUCGGUCCAUUAACUGCGUGAGGAGCGCUGGCCAUGGCUCCUUGGCCUGAGCUGGAAAAUGCCCAGCCCAACACCAAUAAAUACUUGGAAGGGGUCACCAGUCAGCAGCCCACCACACCUGGGAAAGGCAAGGAGAUCAACAAAAAUGACACCGGGAGCCCUGUGACUAAGAUCGAACUUCUGCCAUCCAAUUCCACUGUGGCACUGAUAGAGGAGCCCACCGAGGUGGCAGACCCCUGGGACCUGCCUGAGCUUCGGGACACCGGGAUCAAGUGGUCAGAGAGAGACACCAAAGGGAAGAUCCUCUGUGUCUUCCAAGGAAUUGGGAAAUUUAUUUUGCUUCUGGGAUUUCUCUACUUCUUCGUGUGUUCCUUGGAUGUCCUCAGCAGUGCCUUCCAGCUGGCUGGAGGAAAGGUGGCUGGACAGUUCUUCAGCAAUAACUCCAUUAUGUCCAACCCCGUGGCUGGGAUGGUGAUUGGCGUGCUGGUGACCGUCCUGGUGCAGAGCUCCAGCACCUCCUCCUCCAUCGUCGUCAGCAUGGUGGCCUCUUCACUGCUGAGUGUGCGUGCAGCCAUCCCCAUUAUCAUGGGGGCCAACAUUGGGACCUCAAUCACCAACACCAUUGUGGCGCUCAUGCAGGCAGGAGACCGGAAUGAAUUCAGAAGGGCUUUUGCAGGAGCUACUGUCCAUGACUUCUUCAACUGGCUGUCUGUGUUGGUGCUCUUGCCCCUGGAGGCAGCCACCCAUUACCUGGAGACCCUAACCGAUGUGGUGGUGGAGACCUUUCACUUCGAGAAUGGAGAAGAUGCCCCAGCACUUCUGAAAGUCAUCACAGACCCCUUCACCAAGCUCAUAAUCCAGUUGGAUAAGAAGGUUAUCAGCGAAAUUGCAAUGAAUGAGGAAGCCGCCAAAAACAAGAGUCUGAUCAAGAUUUGGUGCAAAACUUUGACCAGCGUGACUCAAAUGAAUGUCACUGUCCCUUCGCCUGAGAAUUGCACCUCGCCUUCCCUUUGUUGGUCGGAUGGUUUGUACACCUGGACUAUCAAGAACGUGACCUCCAAGGAGAACAUUGCCAAGUGCCAGCACAUCUUUGUGAAUUCCAACCUCCCGGACAUUGUUGUUGGCACCAUCCUGCUGUUAAUCUCCCUGCUGGUCCUCUGCGGCUGCCUGAUCAUGAUCGUCAAGCUCCUGGGCUCUGUGCUCCGGGGACAGGUGGCCAUUGUCAUCAAGAAGACCAUCAACACUGAUUUUCCAUUUCCCUUUGCCUGGGUGACUGGCUACCUGGCCAUCCUCGUGGGGGCAGGCAUGACCUUCGUCGUGCAGAGCAGCUCCGUCUUCACAUCCGCUAUGACCCCCCUGAUCGGUAUUGGUGUGAUCAGCAUCGAGAGGGCGUACCCACUCACGCUGGGCUCCAACAUCGGCACCACUACCACCGCCAUUCUGGCUGCCUUGGCCAGCCCUGGCAAUACCCUGAGGAGCUCACUGCAGAUCGCCCUGUGCCACUUCUUCUUCAACAUCUCGGGCAUCAUGCUAUGGUACCCGAUCCCCUUCACCCGCCUGCCCAUCCGCCUGGCCAAGGGCCUGGGCAUUGUCUCCUCCAAGUACCGCUGGUUUGCCGUCUUCUACCUGAUCUUCUUCUUCUUCCUGAUCCCGCUGGCUGUGUUCGGCCUCUCGCUGGCCGGCUGGCCGGUGCUGGUGGGCGUGGGCGUGCCGAUCAUCUUCGUGAUCCUCCUAGUGGUGGUCCUCACUCUCCUGCAGUCGCGCUGCCCGCGCAUCCUGCCCGGAAGGCUCCAGAACUGGAACUUUUUGCCCCUGUGGAUGCACUCACUGAAGCCCUGGGACGACCUGAUCUCCCUGUUCGCCGGCUGCUGCCAGAACCGCUGCUGUCUCUGCUGCCGGCUCUGCUGCCGUACGUGCUGCCUGCUCUGCGGCUGCCCACCGUGCUGCCGCUGCAGCGGCUGCUGCCAGAACCUCGAGGAGGAGCCUGAGCUGCCCAUCAAGGUCCCCGAGGCCUUUGAUAACGUGGCCAUGAGCCGGGAGGCCCCAGAUGAGCCCCCGCAGGCUCAGGGGGAGGCCGGGGGCACCAGAAGCAUCGCUAGCAGCACCGCCUUGUAGGGUGGCCCGGAGGUAGGGGGGGUGCCCCCCAGCAGCCCAUUGGUCUCCGCGGGCCCUCCUCUGCCUGGCGGGGAGCCAUUCCUCCUCAGAAAGCUGUUCACAUCAGCCACCUGCUUUCAUAGCCCUUGGCCUGGUAGCCUGCACAGUGGCUCCAUCUCGGUGCAGACUCCCGAGCUCCUGCCUACAAGAUGUGCUCAGUAAUCCUGAAAGACUGGGACAGAGAAGGCCUCCAGAUGAUCACACUGGCCAGCCUUGCCCAGCUGGCUGGCUCCACAGAACCCAUUUUUCAGACUCCAGCAGUCCUCUUCCGAAAAACCCCUGAGGGAGGGAUUUAUGGAAGGUUCUCCAAGAUGUACAUGUUACGUGCGUAUGUGAUGGUGAGAAUGCUCUGCCAUCUCUCUUAUUUACCAAAGAUUUGCCUCAGCCAAGAGCAGUUGCCCCCAGGAGCCCUUGCCCCAGACCAGACCCCUUGGGUGGGGAGGGUGUGGGAAUAGUGUAAUUGUGUGGAGACUUGGUGAGGACCACAGGGUGGGCCUUUACCCUUUGCCAGAGCUCCCCAAGUCCCUCGUUGGGUGUCUUCACCUAGACAGGUGUGGCUCACCUAAGCUUCCUUGCCGUGGCCUUGCCCAAGUUCUUAGGGCAGGAGCUGCAUCUGAGCUACCAAGAGGUUCAGGGUGGACUUUGGCUCCCCUGUUGGCUCCAUCUUUCUGAGAAGUGAAUGGUCCAAAUCCUGAUCUGGGCAGUUGGGAGGAUGAGAGCUAGGGAAUGGGGAGCACUGGGGUAGAGAUGGUUUAUCUGGUACAAGAGCCUAGGGCUCUUGACUUGGCUACUCUAAAAGCCAAAUUGAUCAUCAGGCCAGAGCCCAGUGCUACCCUCUUGAUCAGAUAAAAUUGCCCUCGUUGAGUCUUUUGGAAUAAGAUCCGAAGCCCCUCUGAUCCCCUCCACUGCUGCCACCUUGAAUCCCAGGAAAGACAUGGGACAAUUGUAGCUUCUGUCUGCCUGCUCACUCCCCGUGCAAGAUAGAUGUCUGAGUCAGCUUUUUGGUCGGCAGCUUCCAUUCAUCCAUCUAAGCCAAAAAAUUUUCGAACAUUCUCUCGCGUUCCCAUAGAUAGGCAAGCUCCAAUUUCCUGCCUUCUCUUCAUGCCUGCGGAGAUCCAGCCUUUUUCUCAAAGGGCAGAAACCAGGGCAUGGCCAGACAGCCCCCAGAACGGUGAUCAUCAAGUAGCAUUAGGGGUCCGUGUGUGGCUGUAGGUCCAUGGGCUGUGCUGCUCCUUGCUCCUGAUGCCUUCUCUGUGCCUUCGAGAGUGGCCUGCUGUCCACACCUACUCCCUCCACCGCUUCUCACUUCUCACGCUGAACACUCCCAGUCUGCCCCCGGGAAAGGGAGGGAGCCUCUGAGGGGUCUGGGGGAGAGAGUUCCGCACAGCCUCACUCCCAAGACCCCAUUCUCCCCCAUCCUGGCUUAUGUGCCAACUUAGCAGGUUGGGAUGCCGAACUGAGCCGCCCUCUGACCCUUAGCUCCUGUAGAUACCAGUUCCCAAACAGAGCCAUUUAUACUCGUAUAUUUAUAGUCGCACAUCUGUACAGCAUUUUUUGUAAGUUACGUAGUAAGUAGUAGUGUGAUUUGUGUUUUGUAGUGCUCUCAUUUGGAAAUGAGGCCGGGUUCUACGAUGAAAUAGAAAGAAAGCACCUUUGUAUAUUUCAUAAUACCACCUUUUCAAUGUGCCUCUGUAGCUGCACCCAGGGCCACACGCCCUGUAAAUAUGUAUGCUAAGCCUGGGCAGGGCUGUGGCCCUCUUGCACACUGAUUUUUUUUUUUUAAUUGGAUCCUUGUACCCGUGUUGAUUGUAAUUUUUUUUUUUUUUUUUUACUGGUUGUGGGAAGGGAGAAAUAAAAAAAGACAAAUCCAAAGGGCUCUAUUGCUUUUCAUUCCAGAGAAAUAGGGGCCUCCUGGGUCUGUUUCCUAAAAACAUUGGGGUCUCUUCAAUAUCACGACCCACCUCUCCAUCACCGGGGUCAGCUGCAUCAUCUGUGGGGCCCCUGGUUCAGAAGCAGAGGGAAAGUGCCAUUAUAGGCACUAAAUAUAAAAGCUCUCCUUCCUUCAGUGAUCUCUCCUAAUUUAGGGCUUUUAAAGUAUUGUUGGAUAGUGCUUCUAAGAUUUAAAUUUUAAUUAUUAGCAUGUAUGUUAUGAUUCAUUUUCAUAUCAUGCAGUGUCCAUUUUAAAUGUAAACAUGAGAGCUUUCAACUCACACAUGGGAUUGCUGAAAUCACACAACUCCUUUUGUCGCUCGUACGUGUAUCUUGUUCUGCCAGAACAGCGGGAAUGCUGCAUAAAACUCCAUUUUUAUUUCUC